GCUGAGAGCGCCUGGGGCACGUUGCAACAUCUCCCUCCCCCGCCUUCCCUCUCCUCCUCGGGGCUGUGAGCUCAGUUCCUGCCUUCCCAGCACUCUUUUACGGGUGUCGGUGGCGCGAGCAGGGUGGGGAUCUUCUCUCUCCGCUAGGAGCCGCGCCUCCAGCUCUGCCAGAGUCUCCGCCCCCCUGCUUGCUGCCCCCCGGAGGAGAGUACAGCCGCCUUGCUUGCAGCCCCCCGGGAGGACCGGUAACCCACCUAUCCGGAAGGCACCGGGGAGGAGGAUCGAGCAGCCGCCCACUUCACAGUCCCGGGAGGAUCGCGCCACGAGCAUGUCCUCCAGCUCCAACCUUAGCACCAUGCAGCGCCUGGUAGAGCAGCUCAAAUUGGAGGCGGGGGUGGAGAGGAUCAAGGUCUCUCAGGCUGCUGCAGAACUCCAGCAGUAUUGCAUGCAGAAUGCCUGCAAAGAUGCUCUUCUGGUGGGAGUUCCAGCAGGGAGCAACCCCUUCCGGGAGCCCAGGUCCUGUGUUUUACUGUGAUGACAGGGAAGAAGUUCACUGAGGAGUUACCUUCAAGCAUGCAGUGAUUAACAGCUGCUUCUGAGUCUUAAGAAAAUAUUUUUUUGUGUGUGGCCAAACAAUUUUUGGAUAUUUGAGUCUUUUCCAUUACCAGCCCCUGCAGCCAAAUUCCUUCAGGAAUGGAAGUUUCUAGAUACAUGAAGGGUAAAGGAGUAGACCCACAUGUAAUAGUUAACUUGCUUUUUUGGGGGUAAUUCUUGUAAAAUGUUCUGUACUUUAAAAGACACACACACACACACACACACACACACACACACACACACACACACGGCAUUCUACUUCCAAGAAAACUACCCACUUCUCAUAACUCAGUUAUGACUCUGUAUUUUUAACAGCCUGUUUUUACUUAAGUGGCUAUAUUUUAGCAAAGAAGAACAUUUUCUUUUACCAAAAAAAUUAUUUUCAUUGUAACUUGUGCCUAAAGAUUUUUAUUUUCUAGCAAGUGUUUUUCUCCCCCUUUAGAAUGUGCAUUUUCUAAGGGAACACACCCAAGUGCAGAUUACUGGCUUAACUAAUCGAGCAGUGUCUUGAUUUUUCUAAAGCAGAAGAUAAAAUACUUUAUUUUUAACACUAAACACGGGAGCUAUUUCUUAAGUAGUUUGUUUUGAAAGACCAAUAUUGUCAUAUUAAAUGGCUUCAUUUACAUAAUCGAUCCUUGUGUGUUCUUAAGCUUAUUUUAUGAUUCUAUUUGUGCUUAAAAAGGUACUGCAUUUUAAAAUUUUGUUUUUUGGGGAAAAUUGUUUAAAGCAUGACUAAGAACAUUAGAAAAUGAAUGUAAACAGGGAGUCAUAGAAAACUAUCAAAAAUAAAUAGAAAGAAGUUUUCAAUUCUUAAA